AAGAAAUCAAAUAUUUUAAGAUCGUCUAAUGCAGUCCAAAUAAACAUCAGUGAAGGGGGUGUGGCUACAAUGAAGACGACGACAAUUCUAAUCUUGUGGGUCUAUUAUGUUCCAUCCAAUAUAUGUGAAUUCCUUGGGAUUUGUGUAGAAGGAAAGUCAAGUCUAAGACCUUUACUGGCGUCAGCAGCUGAGAGAUGUUUACCAAAUCUGCCAACUUCACAUUUGUCUUCCGUCGGUGGUUUCCUUCCGGCAGAGGAUGGAUGGGCGACUGACACAGAUAGUAGUCGACUCUGUGUGUGUGUCGACAUCGACCACCAAUUAUCUUUAGCCUUUCUAUUAUUUCAUUCCUUCCUUCGAUGCUAUUCUGAGCAAUAACUGCCCUUUUGACCAAGCGUUGCUCUUUUAAGAAGUCAGUCUGGCUAGUUUAAAACUUUGAAAAGAGAAAUUUCUAUUCAAACUGAUAGUGGUUAAUUGAAAUUUUUAAGUAUUAAAGACACAAAAACCUCCAUGGUUUCCAUCUAAGUGAGGUUCACCAAGACAUGGACAUGAAGGCUGAAGGUUCGCGCAAUCCGAAUCUUCCAGUAGACAAUGGGGCGAUCCCACGUCCUGCUUCAGAAAGUGCAAACUGUGCAGCUUGCCAGAAACCAAUCAGAGAGAGGUAUCUACUAAAAGCAUUAGACCAGUAUUGGCAUGAAGACUGCCUCAAAUGCGCCUGCUGUGACUGCCGUCUUGGCGAAGUUGGCUCUACGCUUUUUACCAAAGCUAAUCUCAUUCUUUGCAAACGGGACUACCUCAGAUUAUUUGGAACAACAGGUUUGUGUUCUGCGUGCAAUAAGACGAUACCAGCAUUCGAAAUGGUGAUGCGAGCGAGAGGGAAUGUCUAUCAUUUAGAAUGCUUUGCCUGUCAACAAUGCAACCACAGGUUUUGCGUUGGCGACAGAUUUUAUCUCCAUGAGAAUAAAAUCCUUUGUGAGUACGACUACGAAGAGAGGAUGGUAUUUGCCAGCCUCCCUUACAACAUCAACAGUAUUUCCCUGAUUAAGCGACAGACUCAGCACCUUCACCUGCAACAGCAGCAACAGGUGGCGGCUGCGCAGCAACAAGCUCAGCAACAGGCACAGCACCAGCAGCAGCAACAAGAUGACAGGUCCAGUGGAUAUGGCAGCACGGACUCUGUCUUUGAAGCGAAGUGACGCCAAGCUUUUGCGUCGCAGCAAACUGCGUCGCAACAGUUGCAUUAAGUAUAUCUAUCUGCAGGGUAUUGUGAUCUCGCGUCGUCAAAAUAAAAUAAUAAUAAUAUGGCGUGGACACUAGUCUCUUUAAUUACCCGCUCGGUGGAGCUGGCAUCGUGAAGUGUCACCAAAUUCAGAAUAGACUGAUAGAGGUUGGAUUUUCCAUAAUAAGAUAAUAAUCAUUUUUUCCUCUUCAUUGCGUACGUAUACUUAAAUAGUUUACUUCAAUUUUACUUAUGCGUUCUCGUUUUUAUAAUUAAUAAUUAACUUUAUAAGUAAUGGGUCUUUUCGCGUUCUACUACAUUGUUAAGAACUGACUCUAUUUUCUUUUAACUUGCAAACCUUGGCGUAGUUUGGCGUUUUCUAUGAUAUCUAAACCAUGCAUUGAACUCCAAAUGACUGAUUUAUCAAUUUUAAAUUUUAGCAAUGUUAGGACGAAAAAUGGCUAUAUAACGAAACGUUGUUUCAAGAGACAGUUAGUUUAAUUGAAGAAGUCAACACUAAAUGUGUACGUAAUAAUUGGAACAGGUAUUUAUUCAGAUACCACAUGUCCAAAAAAAAUUAGAUAAAAUUUCAAUAAUUAUAAACGGAAAGAGAUACGAAUAUAUCGUUCACAUCAUUCUGCUUUGAAAACUAUAAGAUUUAUUCUCAGAAAGUUUCAAAUUCAGUUUGAAAAUUCGUUAACAGAUAAGGUUGUUGCCUUCAAAAAUUUCAAAACAAUGUUCUAUGUGUAAUAAUGUAAACCGUCUAAACUCGAGCGUUUGCUCGGAUGUCUGUUUAUUUUGUCAUCAAACAGCACCACAUUAUUUCUGCUAGUGGUGGAUAUUUUAUAAACAUUUUUAAUUGCUUUCUCAGCACCAUCUGUUAAUGAACUUUAUAACUAAUUACAAAUUUUAAUAAGUAAAAAAUCUCCUGAACAGAAAUUGCGUAUUUUCUGCCAUCUUUCAUUUUUCUUUCAUUAUUUUUUUUUCAAAUCACCAGUUUGUUUGGUAUUCCUGACGUGUAUUUACCUUCUUCUUUGAAGAAUAUUUUUUUUGCUUAACAUACUCUUUUUUUUUCAAAAAUAAAUUACUGUUGUUUUAGUCACUUGAAAAAAAUAAAUACAUAUUAUUUUCAUGUAAAUUUUUUUCAAGAGCCUUGACUAAAAUAAUGACGUUUAGAAAUUUACUUUUAAAACAAAAAUAAGAGUUCAUUUUUUAAAUUUAAAAACUCUUUGUAAAUCCUCUUCAGAAAUUUGAAUUAUGGGACAGCCAACCUCUGAGAGAAGAACUAAUUCCAGUUAAUUUAAAAUUAAAUUGAAUAUGAAAAUUAUAAAUAAUAGAAGAAAGGAAGAACUGAACCAUGUGUAUGGAUAAAUGGCAAAAAAUUCUACGUAAUGCAAGUUUAAUGUUUAUGUCAUCCAACUAUUUUGUGUAAAUAAAAUUUAAAAAGUGAAAUAUAUGAUGUGACAUAAACACUAAAGUUGCUUGAAUUGUAACAGUAUUUGAUUCAUUUAAUUGCUUAAAAAAACAAUCAUUCGCUUGAACGAAUGACAAUUUUGAGUUUCACUGGCACAAAUAUUCCUUUCAUAUGUCUGUGCAAUAUCUUUAAAUAUUUAAAAACACUUAUUCGGAUAAUUUUUUCUGAUUGAUUUGCACAUUUGUGAAUAAUACUUGAUGUAUGACCUUUUAAGAUGAUUAUUUCCUAUACUUCAUUUUGUAUAUGCCUAAAAUACGUUAUCUUACAUCGUCAUAGUCUCAUAUUUUUACCCUUUAACUACACUGUUAGAAAGUUCUGAGAAAAAAUGGUUAAAUAUAAAUUUAUUUCAUUUUUGUUUUACCAUAUUCGAACAAAACAGUAAAAUAACCAUAAUACGGUUAAACAACCAGAAUUUUAUCACUCCAACCUAACCAACCUAAAAACAAAUUAGUUCCUUGCGGAUGGGUACAUGUAGCAGUCGAGAGGGUUAAUCUGUCAGUCUCAGUCCCAGCGUUGACUCCCCAAUAUUUCCUUCAUUUCCUUUCCUUAAGAGUUUCCAAUGUUAAUAGAUGGUAGAUCAUAGAUGGUAGCACCAUAAAGUUAUUAAAUUAUCUCCAAUGUCCAGUUAAAUUUAUUUUUUAGGAUCUUGAAACCAUGCUAGUUACAAUAAAAAAACAUUCUAGAUGGUUAAAAAACCAUAUAGUUUAUACUCAUGGUUUCUUAACCCUCUAGUGGUAAACAGUUUCAAAUCUAUAAACGUAAAAAAAAGUUCUUUACCAUAAACUUUAUGGUCAAUUGAAUGGACGGACUGCUUCCGGUGUAAUUUUACCAUAAUUUUCGAAAGAAAGUUCUAGCAGUGUAUUGUUACAUCGAUGAUAAUUUUUUUUUUUGCAUCUUGAAUUUUAAAGCAAGUUAAAAUUGAAACUGUAAUUAAUUUUAAAAAUUUUAAAUUUUUAUGAUUUAAUAAUAACAUUAAUAUUAAGAGUUUUUGCUUUUUAAAAAUUUUGAGUCUUAUUCUAUCACAUUCCUGAGGAGAUUGCUUGAGUUAAAAUAGUAGAAAUAUACACUUUCAAUAUACGCCGGGACAAUAUUCUUGUCCUUUUUGCUCCAGAAAACCUUCUUUUUAAUCAUUAUGAUUUAUUUUCUGAUCAUUAUUUUCUCUAUUUAAAUAAUUUUUUUUAAUAUGUUAUUGUUAAGUGAGUUUUAAAAACAAAACUAUGCUGUUAUGUUAUACUUAGUUUCGUCGCUAACAGUGUUUGUCGUAAAGAAUUAAUCUGUACAAUUUUAUUGCUAAAUGUUAUCUUUUGUUGAAACUAUUAAAUAAGUUUUUAUUCAGUUUAAAAUUUUAAUAUUAUUUUAGUCAAAUUAAUCUCUAGUCAAUAAUAUUUGUGUGCCAUGUUUAAUUUUUUAAGCCAACUUACAUAUAUCUAAAUACGAUAUUUUGAUGUGUUUCCUUUUUUAACGUGUAUGUAUAUAUAAAGAUCUGUUAAAAAAACUGAAUGUGAUAUUAAUGUUAUGUAAAUAUGGAUUUAAGCUUAGGAAGGCAAUUUGCUCACAAUUAAAUAAGUAGUUUUUAACAUGCAUAUUAAAUUUUACAUAUAAUAUGCAUUUUAUUUUUGUUUAAAUCAAGUGCAUUGAAUGCAUCCAAUAAAAAUAUUUAAUAAAUGUCUUAAAAAUAAAUGUAUAUUUUCAGUCUAUAGAUAACAUCUUUAUAGGGUUCACUAAUUUCUUUUCAGAUAAUGUGGGCAUAGCACUGUAAGAAAUGAUCCUUUGUCAUUUGAUUAUGAUUGACCCUUCGAUUUUAUUGAACCAAUUGAUUGAGUUUCAAUAUUCCAAAUUACUUUUAUCAUACUAGUUAAGUAAUAAUUAUUUAUUGUCUUUUUUAAUAUAAUUGAAUGAUAAUGAUUUAAAUUUAAAAGACAUUAUUACUUCUUCCUUAACAAUUGACAUUGUUAAACUAGUUUGUUAUUUCUUCCAUGCUUUUUUGCAUUCCUUUCAAUACCAUCAUUUAAUAUUCAUUUAGAAAUUUGAGUGAAAACGCUAUUGAUAUCACUGAUUCAAUUCGUUUUAUAAUCAUUAAAUAUAAAUGGUAAUUCCUUUUAUGAAAUGCAAUUUCACAAUCCACUAAAAAUAACUGAAUUGCUUCAUUUUAGUUCCUUUUAUUAUUCAUUUAAAUUGAAUCACUUUAGUAAUCUGUUUGAUAUAAUCCUCUUGUAUAAGUCGUUUGAUUUGAUUGGUUUUUUUUAAAGAUUUUUAACUUUAUUUGCAGUAAUUAUUAAUUUCAAUUUUGCAGUAACUCUAAAUAGAUAACUCAAUAAUAUUAAGAAAAAAUAUCUUAUUUUAGCAAAAAAAUUCAACAAAUUCCGAAGCAAUAGAAAUUUCUCCAGAAUUUUUGAUAUACAUAGUUACAGUAUGAAUUAAAAUAUGAAAACACUGCAAAAAUUAAUUCUUGACAAUAUAUAUUCUGUAAGGCACUUAAACCUAGGUCAUACUUAAGCACACUUUUAAUGAAAUUGACCAUUGACUCACGAAAAGUUUUGGUUUAAUAUAAAGAAAAUUUUAACUUGUUUAAAAAUAAACUAAAUUUACGAUAAAGAAGUGAAAAAUAUUUUUUAAAUAUAGUGCUAAUUGAUGUCAAAAGUUUUAAAAAAUUUUAUUAUAAGUUUUGCAUUAUUUUUCACAAACAUCAAUGAAAUUUUAUAUCCACUCUGUAGAAUAUAUACAAACUAGCCCUUUACAAAUUUUAUUUCUAUACAAUAAAGAAUAUUUGAUAAAGUAUGCCGAAGCAAUGAAAAUUUUCGUUUUCAAAGAAACAGCAUAUGGAGAAAAUUCUUCUCAUUAUUUGCAUUGAAACUUCCGAUAUUUUAUUAAUAUUAUAUUAUUAAUUAAAUUCAAAAGUUCAACUUACACAAAAACUGAUUUAAAAAUUCUUCAAUUGAUUCAUAAAAUUGCUGUU